CGAGCGCGUCCGCGUUGCUACCCGUUCGGCUCGCUGUUAUCUUGCCUCGGGGGAUUCGGCGGCAUGCGUCGCGGUUGCUAGCAAGCAAGCAGCGACCGAUCGGCGGCGGUCCCGGGAUUCGGGCAUGGAUUCCUGAUCGGCCGCGCCGGAGCUCGCCUUGCUGCUUCAUUGCCCGGGAAGCGAAGCGUCCGGGGAAGCUAGCGCCGAGGCAUGGCAUCCCGGGACUUCCUAGGCGCCUUCGGCGGCGGCGGCGGGAGCAGCGAGGGGGCGCGGCAGCGGCCGGGGGGCGCGGGCGCGGGCGACUCGGACGACAUCGAGCUCAGCCUCGGCCUCUCCCUCGGCGGCCGCUUCGGCACCGAGGCCAAGCGCCCGCGCCUCGCGCGCUCCUCCUCCAUCGCCUCCGUCUGCUCCGUCUCCUCCCUCGACGGGGACGCCGACGCCGACGCCGACGCCGGCCCGUCCCCGGCCGCGCCGCUGCCGCUGCUGCGCACCAGCUCGCUGCCCACCGAGACCGAGGAGGAGCGCUGGCGCCGGCGCGAGAUGCAGAGCCGCAGGCGCCUCGAGGCGCGCCGGAAGCGCGUCGAGCGCCGGAACUCCAUGGGCUCCUCCUUCCUGCCCUCGGCGCCGCCCAGGCCCGCCGGCGAGGCGCCCGCCGCCGCCAACGGCGUGCAGCUCAGGAGGUCCGUCGGCUCGCAGGGGAGCACUUCUGUCCCCACCACGGAACAAGGUAUUGGUGGAAGUGCAGUUUGCCAGUCCACAGAUGCAAAGAGUCCAUCAACCUCGGAUAAUACAAAUGAAAAUAACAUGCUUCCUCCUCCAACCAAAGCAGCUGAGAAGCCACAAAAUGGCACUUCCACAGAGCAACCUCGGCUGCGGACGCUUGGGUCCCUGACAACGAGAACGAGCAGCUGCAGUGAUAUCAGGAAGAUCAUGAUGGAGGACAUGCCAAUGGUCUCAUCCAAGGUGGAAGGUCCUAAUGCCAGGAGGAUCGAUGGCUUCCUGUACAGGUACAAGAAAGGCGAGGAUGUGAGGAUAGUCUGCGUCUGCCAUGGUAGCUUCCUCACUCCUGCAGAGUUUGUGAAGCACGCCGGCGGCGGUGACGUAUCCAACCCGCUAAGGCAUAUCGUUGUCAACCCAUCGCCGUUCUCGUGAAGAGAGGGUUACCCUGUUGUUGGUCCCUAUUGUUCUGUAACAUGUAGGCUUCCUGUUGGCGAGUUAAACCGAAAGUCUCUGUAUUUUACAUAAAUUGAGAAUGACAGCAAAUUCAAGAGAUACAUCAUCUGCAAAAGUUAGGCUUGUUUACAAAUUGAA